AUGACCUAUUCAGUUUCUGACAUCGCACUUGGUUUUGCAAGAGUUUGGAGACAAGCAGAUGCAGAAGAUCAAAUCUUAGGAAGAUUAGCAACGCAAAUUGCCAAUAAAUUAAUGGGAAAAUAUAAAGCAUUCUUUGAUCCUAGAAUUGAUAUAGGUGAUUAUGUUGUCGUUGCAAAUGCUAGAUUAAUUAAAGUCACAAGAAAAAAAGAAGCCCAAAAGAUUCAUUAUUCUCAUAGUCAAUAUCCAGGAGCAUUAAAAGAAACACCAUAUUCAAAACUAUUAGAACAAAAUCCACCCAUGAUUUUAAGAAAAGCAGUUUCAGGAAUGUUACCAAAAAAUAAAACAAGAGAUAGAAGAUUUGAAAGAUCAUCAAUUCAUGCUGAUGAAUCUCAUCAAUAUCAAUCCAAUCUAUUCAAAGAUUAUACUAAACCUAAUUUCAAUACUACAACAACAUCAUCAUCUCAUUCUUGA